AGAUGGGUUAACUAUAUCUCGACCCAUCACAUCUCUAGAACUAAACACAUGUAAGUUCUUAAGCAAAAAUUGAUGUUAAUUAGAAAAGACUCGCUGGCGCGGGUCUGGCUUCUUCUUCCGCAAGUUGGUCUCGCUCGCCCGCGGCGGCGGCGGCGCCGGCGAGGAAGGAAUCAACCGCCGAAGCCGAGCCGUCCGCUCGCUCUCGUCCCAAACCCCCACAAAUAUUUUGAACUCCACCCCCACCACCAAGCAAAACAGAGGAGCCACCGAGAUCGGGCGAGAUGGUGCUGCGGCGGCUGGGCGGCGCGCUGCUCUUCCGCGAGGCGCUAUCGCUGUCCAACAUCCGCCGCCGCGCCUCCAACUCCUGGGCCGCCAUGCGCGACACCUUCUUCUCCACCAAGGAGGUGUUCGAGAGCCACCGCGUCGUGUUCACCGUCGGGACGUCCAUCGCCUCCGUCCUCACCGCAUGGGCCGGUUAUUCUUUUCGCCAUGUGCAACAAUCAAGGAUUGAUAAGAGACUUCACUCAAUUGAACAAUCUUUGAAGGAUACUCACAAAGUUGAACAUGAAGAGAUUAAAAAGAUUGUCACUUCCAGUAAUAUCAGCACUCCAGCAUGUGUAGCCACUGCAUUGACAACUUCUGUUGUCGGGUAUGCGCUAGGCUGGCGUGGUGGAGCUUGGUACACUCGGAGAAGCUUUCGAAGAGAGCAACAGAAGCUGAUGGGCCAAAUCAAUUCCCACAACAGAUGGCACUGGCGGCCUUUCAGUAAACUGAAAAACAGAUUCAGAAGGAACCGAUCAGCGACUAAGAAUGCUGACGCCCCUCGGUUGACAGCCGAAAGCACCAAGGCCCCUUCAGGCAGCAGGGCAUCUGAAAAUGUAAGCAGUAACUGUCAGGCAACAGGCUGUACAUGACUACUCUGAAAUAUAGAUGAGAAUUGAUGCCCAUGUGGCUGAGAAUAGAAGCCAAAGAAGCCGGUAGACGUUCCAAAUUUUGUAGGAUUGGAACUCUUUUUUAGAACCCUUUUUAAUAAGGUGUAGGAUCGGAACUGGGCAGUUUAUCGUUGUAACUCAGUGUCUACGCUGACGUACACGUUUAGUAGCAAGGCUGAUACCUGUCAUUUUCUUGGCCAUGUUGUUUCCGCCCUUCAGAAUGCGUCUUGACUCGUCAAGGCAUUGCACCUGUAAUUCUGUAAUUCGUCGAUGGACACAUGAGAAUGAGAGGAUGCACAACCGUUUGAGUCUUAUGAAACCUAUGAGCUCGAAACAAUAUUAU